AUGCGUCGUAAAGGCGAAUUUCUAAUUCACUUGCAAUUCGCGCCUUUUGCUCUGCCGAAUUACGAAUGUCAGAAAAGUAGAACAUGUGAGAAAAAAUUAAGAAAAUAACAUAGUUAACUGGCUAGAAUAUUUUAUUAUGAUUCUGUUAACAUUAGAGGGAAUUUUUGUUAUUCUUUCAGGCUGAUCUCAUAUAUAAUUUUGUAUAUAAUUCAGGCUGUAUAUACUAGACGCAUGUUUUUGCAAUUUAAAAAAUUAAAGUGUAAAAAAUCUGUACGAUAUUUGUAUUGGUAAUUCUUAUAUUGGAUUUAAAAUAUUUGAAAUUGCGAAAUGUAAUCACCUAUAAAUUGGAAUGAAGUAGAUUCAAAUAGGGGAGAUGAAUAAAAAGAAAAGAUGACGCAACAAAGUUAUUUAAAAAAUUUCAUAUUUAUCUCAAGAAAUAAAUGUCCAUGUUUUAAUGCUUCUGAAAGAACCAUGAAUUAUGGAACAAUUAUGGAUGAAAAAGCUAAUCAAAAACAAACAACAACAAACAACAACACAAAUUUGCUGGAAUUUCUACUGAAUUUUUACCGGAUUUUCUAUCAAUUUUGGGCCGAGUCUGUUAAAAUAUUCAACAGAAACUAUUCAACGUCAAAAUUCAAUUUUAAUUAAAUCCAAUAUAAUAAUUACAAAUAUAAAUAUCAUAUAGAUUUUUUAGGCUUCAAUUUUUUUAAUUGCAAAGACAUUUAAUUUAAUUCAAUAUUUCUAUGUAAUUCAUUCUAUUGGAAUUUUUGCGAUCGAACUUCUUAAGCUUGAAUGUCUUAAUUGUAAAUUUUUAUCCUUCAUCUUAUCGACAAAGAGAAAAAAAUUGACUAAGAAAAAAGAAUAAAAUUUUGAUUACUUAAAGUAGAUCAAUCUUCUCAUAGAAAUGAUAAUUUUCCUACAAAUGUAUCGAAGCAAUCGAGUUUUCCUCGAUAAAAUUUUAUCUGCCGACACUAGAUUUCUAUUUAAUUUCUCUCUAUCGGUUUCGCAUCCCAAAUUUAUUCAAAAUAUGCCAAAUUUCGAACGAUUCUCCGUCCAUGAAGGAGCGGCAUGAAGUGAAAUCAAAUAGAAAAGAUUAAUGAAAAGAAAAGAAUACGCCAGUUUCUAGGUAACGAGCAUCGGUGUCGUUGACAGCCAUCGCAUCCGGACCCCUACUUCCAAACCCAUCGUCAAUCAAAACCACUUAAUGGUAGUUCCCCUCAACAAAAUCAUUCCUACAUCGUCCAUCGGACCGGAGUUUCAUUCAAGCUCUGCGCUUUUACUCGAGAAAAGCAUUCAGUGAAGCCUUAAAACUAAAUUUAAAACUCGAAUUAGAGCUGCCAAACAUGUCGAUUCAAGAAUUUCACAAAGUUAUGGAGGAGUUUGGCCCACUGAUGGACUCGUGGUGGCCUUAUGUCAUCGGUUUGAUAUUAGGAGUCAUAACUGCUGUGAGUGAUUGGACUUUUAGAAACUACAUGGCGGGGCAGAAGUGUCCAACUGAGGAAAGAAUCGACGGUAAAACUGUAGUGAUUACUGGGGCCUCCAGUGGAAUGGGAACAGAAAUCGCUAUUGAAUUAGCGAGACGAGGUGGACACAUUAUCCUAGCCGUCAGGGAUGAGAAAUUGGGCGAAGCAGUUGCUGAGAAAAUUCGAAUGAUUUCAGACGCUAAAGCUGAUGUGAGAAAAAUCGAUCUAUCGUCAUUGAAGAGUGUGCGAGAAUUUGCUGAAAAAUUGGAAAUCAAUGAAGUGGAUAUUCUCAUUAAUAAUGCUGGAAUUGUCUUCCAUCCUUACGAAAAGACUGACGAGGGAUACGAAUUGCAUUUCGUAACUAAUUACUUAGGACAUUUCUUGCUGACUCAAUUACUUCUGCCUAAAAUAAAAGCGGCUGAACAAGGACGAAUCAUCAAUAUUUCUGCUCAGGCUCAUUCAACGAGCCAAAUUCAUUUUGAUGACUUGAAUCUAGAGGAGAAAUUCAGUGCUGGUGAGGCGUUUGGACAGAGCAAGUUGGCAAUGAUUAUGAUGGCAAGGCAUAUGAGUCAGUUACUUAAAGGGACGAACGUAACUAUAAAUGCUGUAAACCCUGGAUUAGUCCGGGGAACACGGCACAUGCGGAGUUCGCCAAUAAACCAGGCUCGUUUACUUAAAUUAAUUAUGCAGCCAUGGAUGUGGUUACUGAUGAAGAGCCCUGCGGAAGGAUCUCAAACGGCUGUUUACGCCGCUGUUUCGAAUUCACUGGGUGAGAAAUCCGGGAAGUACCUCAGCGAAUGUGAGAUAACAAAUCCAUCCGCUUACGCUCUAGACGAUACCAUUGCUGAGAAGUUAUAUAAGAAAUCAAUGGAACUGAUAAAACGAUGGACGAAGGUGGAUUCGCCUGAACCGGAGUAAAUCGGCCGAUAGAAA